AUGUCACCGCAGAGAAAGUUGCUGCUGCUGGGCACGUUUGUGCACUCCAGGACGCAGCAGCAUCUCGAGUUCCUCCACAACGCUGCAGUGGCGGUCGAUGAGCAGGGCAAGAUUGUUUCCAUUGAGCGGGACGUGGCGGAUGUGAGCGAGGCCAAGGAACGGCUAUUCAAGCAGCUCGGCUGGAGUGAAGCAGAGGUGGAUGUGACGGAGGCUGCCGAGGGGCAGUUUUUCUUCCCCGGCUUUGUGGACACGCACAUCCACGCCCCCCAGUACGCCAACGCAGGCAUCUUCGGCAAGUCCAGCCUCCUCGACUGGCUCGAGACAUACACCUUCCCCCUCGAGGCCAGCCUCAGCGACCUGCCCAAGGCCCGCCGCGUCUACUCGCGCUGCGUCCGCCGCACGCUCUCCCACGGCACCACCACGGCCACCUACUACGCCACGCUCGACGUCGCCGCGACGAAUCUGCUGGCCGACCUGUGCCUGUCGCUGGGCCAGCGCGCCUUUGUGGGCAGAGCCUGCAUGGACGACCCGGAGAUCAACCCGGAAUACUACCGGGACGCCGACGCCGACGAGACGCUGCGGGCGACGCGGCAGACGGUUGACCAUGUGCGCGGCAUCGACCCGGGAUUCGACCUUGUCUCACCCAUCCUGACGCCUCGCUUCGCCCCGUCGUGCACGCGCGAGGCCAUGGCCGGCCUGGCGCAGCUGCAUCGCGAGACGGGCCUCCCGAUCCAGACACACAUCUCGGAGAACCUCGGCGAGAUGCAGCUCGUGCGGCGCAUGUUCCCCGAGGCGGACUCGUACGCCGCCGUCUACGACAAGUACGGCCUGCUGACGCCCAAGACGGUCCUCGCGCACGCAGUGCACAUCUCCGACGCCGAAGCAAGCCUCAUCGCCGCCAAGGGAUCCAAAAUCUCCCACUGCCCGUGCAGCAACACGUGCCUGACCAGCGGGCCGGCUCGCGUGCGCUGGAUGUGGGACAAGGGCAUCGACGUCGGCCUGGGCACGGACAUGAGCGGCGGAUACAGCCCUUCGAUCCUCGAGGCGGCGAGGCAGGCCGCGCUGGUGAGCCGCCAUGUGGCGAUGGGCAUCCACGUUCCUCAAGGUGAUGACGCUGCUGCUGCCGAGAGGGAGAAGGAGAGGGUCAAGCUGACGGUGGAAGAGGUGCUGUACCUUGCCACAAGGGGAGGCGCCCGAUGCGUGGGACUGCAAGACAAGAUUGGAGGUUUCGAAAUAGGCAUGGAGUGGGACGCGCAGUUGGUGUCUCUAAGUCAAGUGAGUGACGAUGGAGGCCUAGAAGAGCAAGACGACAACGAUGGCUUCGUGGAUGUGUUUGGGUGGGAGAGCUGGGACGACAGAAUAGCCAAAUGGCUGUACAACGGCGAUGACCGGAACACGAAGAGAGUCUGGGUCAAGGGCCGGUUAGUUCAUAGACGGAACUGAGGAAUUGGGAAUACAUGUUAUAGAGUUACAGCGGCUACUAUUACGACACGAAGGAACACGUAAUGACGACAAUGAUGGGCAAAAAACGGAUAGAUGGAUUAGAUAGAAUGAAGAUGGGAGAGGAAUUUUUCACUAGGAACAAUGCUAUAUUUCAUUCCAUAACACCAUCUAUCUGAGUAGAGUUGCGUAAGUUGUGCCAAAGGCGAGAGAAACAGGAAACAAAAGAGAAGAGUGAUAAAAAAAAAAAGGCUAUCAAGUUUGUUCCAAACAUCAAAAACACCAUAUUCUUCUAAAUCCCCGAUACAUACGUUUUUAUGCUUGCUUAAAGAAAAGAAGAGAGAAAAAGGAAAGGAAAGGAAAAAAAAAAAAAAAAACAGCCCACAGAAUAGAUCCUUUGCUCUGCUCUCUUUUAGAACCAUGGAGCCAAAUAGUGUAAUA